AUGCCGCCAAAGUUCACCUGUGCCAGCUCACAUCAAGAAGUUUCACUGCUGCAGUGCUUCGACUUUGAUGACCUUCCAUCAAGGUCUACAUCGUGUGUGCUAUACAGGAGCCAACGCCCGACCCUUGCAUUUGCUGACUCCCCAAUCGUGUUGGUCAACAAGCCAGAGAAGAUCUUCAAGGUGCUGGGGUUCGUAGACACCCUCACUGUCGUCACCAUUGUUGAUGGCAAGUCUGACAAGUUUGCAGACCAGCUGCCUGCAAUCAAGAAGAACUUCAAAAGCGCACAGAACAUCCGAACGUAUAUAGGUGCUGCCACAGGGAGUAAGCUUUUUGCCCUGGUGCUGGAGGGCUACGCUUCGAAGGGACCUUGGGCCUACGAGUGCUUCUGCGCGUCCCCUCGUUUCCGUACAGGGUUUGGAAAGGGCCUUGUCAAGCACAUCCCUCCACAGCCGAUCAAUGCGGUCAGCGUCAACAAGUUCUUUAAUCCUAUUGCGGCUGUGCGCAGAACAGAUCAGCGGCUGCAGCAACAUGACCAAUGUGUGACACCCGCUGAACCAGGUGAUUCCACUGAUCACACGUCUCAACCUGGAGACACGCAUGGUGCGGCUGUGGAGGACAAACAUGUGCAGGACUCUACCAACCUGUUGCUACCAAACACGCAAGGCACACCUGGAACCGGCUCGAACGAGAUGCCAUCGCCAGAACAACAGCUUCAGCUUCUUCAUUGUGAUCCUGACGGUCACUCCCACCCGAACAAAGACAAUCGCACCCAUGGAGCACACGGUGAUGAUACGCAUGCUAAUGACCAGGCUUCUGCUGCUCCUGAUCCGCCCGAGUCCCAGCCUGCCAACGUGGUGUUGUCGUCGCCUGAGACUUCUCCGCCUGAGUGCCACUUAGCAGAUGCCAGCACUCUACACCAGCCAGAUCCUGUCUGUUCUGACCAACAGCAAUGCCACGUCACCGCCGACUCAGAUGCAGCCAAAACGUUUGAUUACUUGAACAGAUGGCCAGACCGAUUCAUCAAUACCUACGCCAACCUUGAUGAGAAGUAUCACGACACGUCCAUGGACGCAUGCGAUAUGGCCAUUGACAUCAGCUCUGGUAGCAAUUCUUCACGAUCGCUUCAGAAGCUAUGCGACAAAAUGUCGAUAGCUUCGUACUCAACAGCCUUCAGCGGCAUUGACAGCCCAGGUACGGCUUUUGCUCAGCUCCGCGCCGCAGCAAGCGCCGUCGCAUCGUCCAGCCUCAGAGCGCCAGACCAUUUGCACGCCUGCGAGUGGAACACUAGCUCUCGCAACGAAUGUCUCACGCAUCCCCAUCGACCCUUGUGCAUGUUCAAUGACAUCGGUCAGUUCCUGCAGACGUCGUUGCAGCCGAUGCUGGCUGACUUGACGAAUGGUGACAAGCUGGAGUGUGUGGACACGUUCCCACGCAGCGUCUUCCACGAGCUGCUUGACAUGUAUGACUGGUGCUUCGAUGUGCUAUCGCCGGUUCAGUACGCGUGGCCAGUAACAAGGUCUGAUGCAACAGAGCUACAAGCUGAGCUGGACUGGGCAUCCAAGCGCCCCGAAUCGCGCUGGUCUCGGGAGCACGCUGAUGAUCGAGCUGUCGUUGACUAUCACAGCGCUGACGGCGCAACUGUCUGGGAAGCAUGCCUCACAGAGUGCGAACAUCGGUUCUAUCAGUCCUACCUUCUGAACUUCCCUGACAGCGUCUAUUCGCUGAACCAGGACCCAGCCAUCAAGCCCAUGUACGCGCAUGGAAAGGUCCUCAUGACGCUGAUCGCCUCUGUCAACUUGUUGAUGAGUUCCCGCCACCGUCGGUGGAUGACCAUGAAGGAGACGUUGACGGUUCAAGUCAAUGACAUCUUCCCGGACCUGAACGGGAGGGUGCUGUUGGAUGCCAUUUGGGAGGUGUAUGGAGUUGGCAUGGGCGAGCGCAAGACCAUCCAAUUCUUCCAAGACUCCAACGUCCCUGAUCAGUCGCUGCCCUUUGCCAGUCGAGUUCGCAAUCUGGCACGCCACUCCGUCUUCAACCCCCGUCAGCAGGAAGGCGUGAAGGCAGCCUAUGUGAAGUCCUGCAAGGCGCGGGGCAUUUGCGAAAGCGUUCGCGGAGAAGCAUGGGCGACGCAGCCCACUGCUAACGACGAUGGCCGGAUGGGCCCAUACUUGCUCAUCAGCAGCGCCUCAUUGGUGGAGGCGUUCUACACAGCGCUGAACGAGGAGCCCGGCAACCCGAAUCUCAUUGCCACGCUCCGGCAUGGCAUACAGGUACGCAUUCUGAGCUCCAGAACGCCGCCGGGAAUCUGCAAGUACUUGACAAAGCUGCAUAACCGAUUCCACGGAGGAGCAUCAACCAAUUUUCUGGAGCUGAUCGGCUUCAUUCCUGACGCGGCCCGGUAUGAAGAGUCACUUAAGCGCCUGUCGCUCAAUCUUUGUUGGGGUUGA